CAUGCCACCGUCGACGUCCUUCCCUUUCAUGCCUUCGCGGGAUCCAUUCCUGCUGCGGAUCGUGCUUCGCUCUCAGGACUCUCGGAUGCUGCCAUUCGCGAAUGGGUCGUCGCCAAGGCAGAGGAGUACCGCGAGAUCGCGCUAUCUCUCCUGUCCCUCCACAACUCAAUCACGCCGAUCCAUCGCGCUUUCCCGGCGGAACUCCUCUCCGAGGUCCUUUCAUACUGCUGGGACGACAUGCGCAGUGUGCGCCUUAUGCACGUCUGCCGUCGCUGGCGCGCGACAGCACUGAAAACCCCGCAAUUGUGGGCCGAAGCCGCCGCA